ACACACACACACACACACACACACACACACAGGCAGGAUCAUAUAUCCUCCUUCAGGCUAAAUUUACACAGGAACUAAACAUUUGCAUGUAGAACUCAAAUAACGGCCUGGUGCUCGUAUCAGUGCUGUGGUGACUCGUACUCAGAUUAAUUAACUGUAACGGGCCGUAGUUGUUGUGUUUGCUAAAAUCCACCAGGAGGCAUCUGGACGUCUGAUCCAGUCACUGUAAGUACACAGGAACCGAUCAGAAGAGCAGGUGACAUGCUGGGAUAAAAUGAUUCAACAAAGCCAGGAACAGCAUGGAGAAAUGUUUGCAGUAGAACGAGAUGGGAUGUGACCCAAGACUGGAUUAAAAAUAAUUACCAACGUGCACCCGACAGGCCCAGAAACCUUCAGGGUCACUGCACAUCUACUACAUCUAUUAAACUGCAAACACUUGAGAGAAUCUGCCUGACUCCAGGACGAAGCCAACACUUACUGAUCCCUGUCCUGUCUUAUCUAUCAGGGCACAUUUUCCUCCAUCACAUUGUGUUUUUUGAGGAAACAAACUUGAUUUUAUAUGAAUGUACCAGAAGGUGGCAAACAAUUAAAACCUGACUGUCAACAGUAUUUCACAGAAGUAAAAUCAUUACUGUUACCAAGGUUGAAUGAAAUUGCCUGAUUUUCCAGGGAGUCUGGUGGUUUUCUCCCUGUAACACAAACCUCAGACACAUCACGUCCUCUCACAAGUUCUCAUUAGUUUACUGGGCUGUUAAUGAAGAAGACUGCAGUCAGUGUAAAGUGAUACAACCGGUGUUUUCUCUACCUGACUCUCCUGCUCUGCAUUAAUCAACGCAGCAAAACUUCAAUAAAUGACAACAUGAACAGCAGCAGAGGGAAGCUGAGCAGACCGCAGCCUGUUCAGCCAUGACAGGGAAAAAAAAGAGAAGAAAGUUUUGUUCCUGUGUAAACUGAGCCAGAGAGAACCGCAAGGGAAAUCACCGUGUUCCCACUGACAUUGAAUGUCUCAACAUGUUGGGUCUGUUCAGGCGUCAUGUGAACGAGACGGAGCAGAGAAAGAAAAGAUUUUCAGGUGUACAGCAAUGCAGAGGAGAGCAAGAAUGAAACUUUACUCUUCAAACAAAGCAGGGUAAAAUGUCACCGAUCAAAGGUUUAAGUGAAAUACACACACACACACACACACACACACACACACACACACCACCCUGUCCUGCCGUCUGAUUGGCUGUGACAUGUGAGCCCAGCAGACACUCCCACAGGCAGGUGAGGGAGCUGAGGAUCAGGCUGCAGGGUCAGCUCACCUCUCACUUCUCACGGCAGCUUUCAGGACAGCAGGACGGGUCAGGGCUUGGCGUUUUCUUUUUUUUCUUUUUUUUUUGGUUGGUAAAAACCGUUGAGUGUGAUGACUGAACAGUGUGUGAACCAGCAGACGUCUCAGGAAGACACCAGGAAGUGCAACAGAGGAGCUGCAAAGCAUGAGGAGAGGGAUUAUCAUUCAGAUUUAGAGAACGUGGUGGAGGAGCGUCAGAGAAAUGGGAGGAUGAUCAGUGAAGCUCUGCAGGCUGCUGAUCAGGAGCAGAGGGAGUCUUCAGGCAGGAGGAAACCAGCGUUAGUCAGGUCAAAGACCUUUGACCACUCUCUGCUGACUCAGGUCCAGACAGACUCAGAGGCCAAGAUAGAGAGAAAGAAGUCUCACUACAGCCAGCUCUCCAAGAGCAACUGCCAGUACCAUAAAAUAUUCAAGGAGAUCAGCAAAGAGGAACAGCUCCGACAGAGUUACACCUGUGCCCUGCAGAAAGACAUCCUCUACCAGGGACGAAUGUUUGUCUCCGACCACUGGAUCUGCUUCCACUCCAAGGUGUUUGGCAAAGACACGAAGAUUGCCAUCCCAGUGGUGUCCAUCACCCACAUCAAGAAGACCAAAACUGCCAUCCUGGUGCCAAACGCUCUGGUCAUCGCCACUGGAAACGACAGGUAUGUGUUCGUGUCCCUCCUCUCCAGAGACAACACCUACAAGUUCCUGAUGUCCGUCUGUCUUCAUCUGGAGGAGAAGAGUCCAUGCAGCAGCCCCGUCCCCUCCUCAGCAGAGAACAGCUUCAGGGGUCAGAGGUCACCUCUGACACCUCGCUUUCCUCUGAGUUUCUCAGGUGACUUCAGUGACCUGGAUGGAGCGGUGCGACAGAGGAGGCAGGAGAUGGAGGAGAGCAGCAGCUCCGACUCCCAGACCCCCGACUACGACAAGAUAGCAGAGUUCCCUGUUCCUCCGUUCCUGGAUGUGUUGACGCACACGGACAGAGCGGCUCCUCCUGAGCAUCCAGACCAGCACAAAGUGAAGAACCAGCAUCAGAACCAGCAGAGUUCAGACCACAAGCAGCACGAGACACAGCACACAGGCUCAGAGGUGAUGGUGGACAGCAGGACUCUGAAACCAGUUUCUCUCAACACUUUGCUGUUUGUCUACCUGUUCCUAGUGUGUGUCCUGGUCUUGUCGUCCUGUUACCUGGCCUUUAAGAUCUUCUCGUUGGAGCAGAUGCUGACGACGCUCGGCUCCGUUACAGAGUUCACACAGGAAAACGACUUCCUGCGAGGGGGCGCUGACGUGAACACAGAGCUCUUCUCUGAACUUCUGACCAUCAACCUGAUGAAGCUGGAGAAGGUGCAGAAGAAUCUGCAGAGGCUGCUGGACGAAGCUGCCUGAACGCACUGGAAACCAGUGUAGUAAGACAACAGUGUUGUAUACAGAUCUGUAAAUAUGAUGUAAAUAUAUUAUAGAAGAUGUUACAAACUGACAAUACUGAGAUGUAUUGGACUAACAUACUGUGAUGGGCUUGAAUAUAAUGACAUGCACAAACACUUUAAAUAGGUUUAAAAAGUCAUUAAACACCAGGCCUGUUCUGGUGGAAAGUUUCAGGUCCGUCUCACCUGUAAAAACACCUGACAGUGAUGUCACCGUGCACUGACACACCUGGGAGUACCAACCAGCAGAGGGCAGCAAAACAAGUUUCUGCUAGAAUCUUAAAUACUAUACUUGAUGAACAUGUAGUAGAGACAGUUGUAUUUUAAAGGCCUUGACAUUUCAAGAUCAGAUUUUUCUCUCACCACUGCAGCUGUAUUUUCUCUUUCUGUAGUGAAACUGAGGCCUUCUGUUUACUGUGCAUCUGAAGAGAUCAAGGUUCUCAGUGCCGGAUUUAUCUCCUGUCUUUUGUCCAGUUUGACUGAUCACAUUGAUUUUCAUGGUCGUCUGAAACAGCAGACACAUUUCUGUCUAUAUGACGAUGUUUAGGAUUGAAAACCAGCUGUGGACGUAGAUGCUCCACAGCCACUGACAGGGUUUUUGUUAUUUUUACCUCAUGUUGCCUUACUGAUGUAAAAUAUAAUGCAGGGAUAGUUAGCUGCUGCUGCCUGAAUGAAGAGUCUAACAGGGACUCCUCCUCUUCAGGGACUGUUCGGUUGUUUUGUUUCCCUAUUUGUGUAAGAGGUUGUGUGGUGGUCAACCUCUCCAGUCUACCUGGAACUCGCCUUUAGCUCGGUCAGCCCAAAUUUAAUUUCAUGAACUGGUCUCCAAAGCAAACAGAGAGUAGUAAAAAUGUAUUUGUAAACUUGGAAAAGGACAACAGAAUGAUUAAUUGUGAGGGGGUUCUUGAACGCAUCAAGCUCUGAAAAAGAAAAACAUGCAUUAUAAAUGUAAAUUGAAUGAAUUUACAACAGCAUCAAGUUUAUUGAUUUGUGCUUCCACCAUAGAGUGAUCCUCAUUUAAGAUGGUAAAUGUUUAGUUUAUGUCUGAUAUAACAUUUUUCAAAUUAUUCUGAUGGCAAACGUUUUUCAUUUCCAGAAAAAUUAGAAAAUGUCAUUCUUGAUGCAGCCACUAGAUGGAGCCAAAGACUUUUCACAUCUUCAACUGUGGUUUUACACAUCCACAUUGUUGUUGUUCACAGGAGGAACUUUUACACUGGUUAAUUGUAUUAAUUGAAAACUUGAUAUGCAGCUGUAACCAUGUGUGUAAACAUCGUGAAGCUGAUUCUAACAGACUGUUACAGAGACGAACAUCACUGUGAUUCUGUAAAUAUACAAAUUAUACAGAGAUUUAAUGAUGUGAUUUUAUUUUCCUUUGUUGGGGAAUGAAGUUAUUUUCUUGUCAAAUAAAGUUUUAUUUUUGCUGUAA